AUGGACGACGAUGAAUUCGGCGAUGACUUUGACGAUAUUCCUGACGAGGAUAUGAUGUUGGCCUUUACCCAGGCCACCAGCAACGUCACACCACAUCAUACCAGCAACAGCAAUCAGCUUGCUUCGUCCGCAAAAUCAUCAACACAAGCUUGGCCAAUAUCCGAUCCCGCGAGACGGAUUGAUACAUCAACUGUAUCGCAGGGCCAGACCACCGCUAGAGGGCGCGCUAAAACAGCAAGCAAGCCGGCCGCUUCGGCGACGGCGGCUCGUUCACUCCAAGCUCCGUCUAGCCAGCGUAAGAAUCUGCGUCAGACGACACUAUGGGGUGGCACACUGGAGGAGGAAGCGCAAACCGCUCCGCAAGCGGUGUCGAAUCGACCAUUCCGCGCCGAUAUGCCCCCAGAACAGCCCACUCACCAUGAAAUCGACUUGGAAGAAAUGAAAACAUGGGUGUAUCCGAUGAAUCUUGGGCCUAUUCGCGACUACCAGUUCAGCAUUGUCAAAAAUGGCCUGUUCAAUAACACCUUGGUGGCCCUCCCCACAGGCUUGGGAAAGACCUUUAUUGCUGCGACCAUCAUGCUAAACUAUAUCCGCUGGACAAAGACCGCAAAGGCCGUCUUUGUGGCCCCCACGAAACCUUUGGCUUCACAACAAGUUCAGGCAUGUCUCAGCAUAGCGGGCAUCCCGCGAUCUCAGGCGACCCUUCUAACUGGAGAGACCCCUCCUGUUCUGCGUGAGGACGAAUGGGCGACAAAACGCUUGUUCUUCAUGACACCUCAAACACUCAUGAACGACCUCUCCAAGGGCUAUGCUGAUCCCAAGUCGAUUGUGCUGCUGGUUAUUGACGAGGCGCAUCGUGCGACCGGAGACUAUGCGUACGUCAAGGUGGUCGAAUUCCUAAGACGCUUUUCCAAGAGCUUUCGGAUUCUUGCUCUGACUGCAACACCAGGAUCGUCUCUCGAAGGCGUACAAGAUGUUAUUGAUAACCUGGGAAUUUCUCACGUCGAGAUCAGAACCGAAGAGUCGAUCGACAUUCGCCAAUAUGUGCACUCGAGAGACAUUAACACAAUAACAUUCGACCCCUCUGACGAAAUGAUGGAAGUGAGAGACUUGUUCUCGAAGGCCCUGAAACCCCUUGUCACCAAGCUGAGCUCACAAAAUAUCUACUACGGCAGGGACCCCAUGAGCCUGACUACCUACGGCUUGAUGAAAGCCAGAAAUGACUGGAUGGCGGGUCCGGGUAAACACGUAAACCAAGGAAACAAGUUCAGUGUCAUAGCCACAUUUGCGAUUCUCCAGAGUUUGGCGCAUUCCAUCAAACUGCUGAACUUCCAUGGCAUCAAACCGUUCUACAAUAAUCUGGCCGAAUUCCGCAGCACUGAGGAGGAGAAAGGAGGAAAGGGUUCAAAGCUCAAACGGCAAGUCCUCGAGGACGAGAACUUCCAGAAGAUGAUAAACAUGAUUGAGGGGUGGAUGAAGAUUGAUGGGUUUCUCGGGCACCCAAAGCUGGAGUAUCUGUGCGAAACGCUAGUCAACCACUUCAUGGAUGCCGGCGAAGGAUCCAACACCAGAGCCAUUGUAUUCAGUGAAUACCGAGACAGUGCCGAAGAGAUUGUACGGAUUCUCAACAACCAGCCCCUCACCAAGGCUACAGUCUUCGUCGGACAAGCGGAUUCCAAGAGGAGCGAGGGCAUGAAACAGAAGCAACAGAUUGAGACAAUUCAGAAGUUCAAGGACGGUGUUUACAACGUUCUGGUCGCAACCUCCAUCGGUGAGGAGGGUCUUGAUAUUGGCCAGGUGGAUCUCAUCGUUUGCUACGAUGCAUCAGCGUCACCGAUCCGGAUGCUUCAGCGUAUGGGUCGUACCGGCCGCAAAAGAGCGGGUAACAUUGUCCUCUUGUUGAUGAAGGGGAAAGAGGAAGACAAGUUCAACGAGGCGAAGGACAACUACGCAACCAUGCAGAAGAUGAUCUGCGACGGUAGCCGCUUCAGCUUUCGCCAUGACCUUUCUACCCGUAUCGUGCCACGAGAUAUACGACCUGAGGUGGAAAAGAAGGUCGUGGAGAUUCCACUUGAGAACUCACAAAAUCCAGAACUCCCAGAGCCCAAAAAGUCUGCCGCAAGAAAGAAAAAGCCGGCAAAGAAGAAGUUCAAUAUGCCUGACGGUGUUGAGACAGGUUUUAUCAAGGCUUCUUUCUUUGGUCAAGCUGGAGCGAGGACUGCCAAACCACCUGCCAAACCACCUGCGCCCAAGGAAACUGACUUCAUUGCUGAAAGGCCCAAGCUUGAAAGCGUUUUGCUGAGCAAGUCGCAAGAAAACGAGCUCCGCAGGAACUAUACAAAAGUACCCCUGGGACAAUCCAAUCUGGAAGAAUUGGAUAUAGACUGGUACCGUCAUUCAUCAUCUAGACGAGUGGUUCAGAAAACCGUUAAUGUCAAACACGGAGAACACCACAAGCGAGCUUUGAAGCUGUUUAGGAGAUUGGCGAAGUCUCAAAGCCCUGCCAACAGGUAUACUAAGCCGUACGGUGAAACAGACACGUCCUCCUGGGAAUCGAUACCCGUGCCACCCUUUGCGGAUGACACAGAAGGAGGAACGUCAACGACACGGCAAAAGAAGAGGCCGCGCCUAGAGAGUGGCCAGGAAGCAGAUGAAGUCGAGCACAUUGCCGGAUCCAAGAAACGUCAAGCCACGUCUUCCCUGCCCUCGAAAACGGGACGCAAGCUUCGGGUAUCAGAUCCCUUCGCGUCGGAUGAUGAUGAUGACGACCCCUUUGCAUCCCAGUCUAAGCCAGUAACCGCAGCGGUAUCAAGGCCAGAGAAGCCCAAGCCCAAGCCGUUUUACGUGCCGGUAGAGAUACCCCCAACCCAGGACACCACUGACGGAGACGACGACUUGCCUGAUAUCGAAUUUCUGUCUGCUAAGAGACAGACGGACGGCGCAGAUACGGGGAAGAGAACGGGGAGUUCAGAACGUGUAAAGGUCACCGAGACUUCGAAAAGGGCUGGUAGUGGGGAUGGCUCAGACCAACUUCGAGAGAAAGCUUCAGGUGGUGCGGCCUCCUAUGCCAGAGCGAGAAAGCGAACUGUAGUGAUGGAUAGCGACGACGAUGAGGAAUGA